AUGAUCAUGGCAAAAAGUAACGGCGAGAAUCCAAACAUGUCCAUUUUACAAAGAUUGAGCACGAGCGAUUUGCCACUGGUGAAAGAAUAUGGUCUGCCUGGAGUUAUUGGUGCUCUUUUACUGGCUAUAGUUAUUCCUAUCUUGCUUUCUUCCAUGUUUAGCAAAAAGGUGAAAAAGAGAGCAGUGCAAGUUGAUGUUGGUGGUGAAGCAGGCCUUGCCAUGCGAAACAGUAGAUUUUCCUCUUUAAUUCAAGUUCCGUGGGAGGGUGCCACCACAAUGGCAGCUCUGUUUGAGAUGGCUAGCAAAAAGUACACUCAGCACCGGUGUCUUGGCACAAGAAAACUGAUUAGUAGUGAAUUCAUAGAAGCUGCUGAUGGAAGGAAGUUUGAGAAACUGCACCUUGGUGAAUAUCAAUGGAAUUCCUAUGCAGAGGCAUUUAAACGUGCAUGUAACUUUGCUUCUGGUCUCAUCAAGAUGGGGCACCAGCUAGAUAGUCGUGCUGCUAUCUUUUCUGAUACUAGAGCCGAGUGGAUCAUUGCUGCUCAGGGAUGCUUUCGACAAAAUUUAACUGUUGUAACAAUUUAUGCAUCUCUCGGCGAGGAUGCACUGGUGCAUUCACUAAACGAGACACAGGUUUCCACUCUGAUUUGUGAUUCAAAACAACUUAAGAAGCUGCCUGCAGUCAGCUCAAAGUUGCAUAGUCUUAAGCAUGUUAUCUACAUUGAGGAUGAACCUGUUGAGGCUGACACACUUAAUCAACUGAAACACUUGACAACAUUAUCUUUUAAUGCGGUUGAGGAGUUGGGCAAAACAUCACAUGCAGAUGCGAGACUACCAUCAAGCACUGAUACUGCAGUUAUUAUGUAUACAAGUGGAAGUACUGGUCUCCCCAAGGGUGUGAUGAUUACGCAUGGCAACAUGGUGGCCACAAUUGCAGCAGUGAGGACAAUAAUUCCAAACCUUGGCACAAGUGAUGUUUAUCUGGCAUACCUUCCGCUGGCUCAUGUUUUUGAACUAGCGGCAGAGUCUGUCAUGUUAGCUUCUGGUGUUGCUAUUGGAUACGGCUCAGCUUUGACAAUGACUGAUGCAUCAAAUAAGAUAAAGAAGGGGACAAAAGGAGAUGUUUCUGUACUGAAACCUACUCUAAUGAUUUCAGUUCCUGCAAUUCUGGAUCGCAUAAGAGAUGCAGUGUUUAAGAAGGUUGCUGAGAAGGGUGGCAUAACCAAAAAGCUAUUUGAUGUUGCAUAUAAACGAAAUCUUGGAGCAAUCGAAGGGAGUUGGACUGGAUCUUGGGCGCCAGAGAGGUUUAUAUGGAAUAGCAUUAUCUUCAAACCAAUACGUGCGAUGCUUGGAGGGCAUAUAAGAUUUAUUCUUUGUGGUGGCGCACCUCUUUCAAGUGAAACACAAAGAUUCAUAAAUAUAUGUCUGGGUGUCCCAGUUGGUCAAGGCUAUGGAUUGACCGAGACUUGCGCUGGAGCAGCUUUCUCUGAAUGGGAUGACAUAAGUGUGGGUCGUGUUGGUCCACCCCUCCCUUGUUGCUAUGUCAAGCUUAUUUCAUGGGAAGAAGGUGGUUAUAGAAUUUCUGAUUCUCCAAUGCCCCGUGGAGAGGUUGUCAUUGGUGGCCACAGUAUAACAAAAGGUUAUUUCAACAAUGAAGCAAAAACAAAUGAGGUGUAUAAGGUGGAUGAGAGGGGAAUACGCUGGUUUUACACUGGAGAUAUUGGCCAGUUCCAUCCUGAUGGAUGCGUUGAGAUCAUCGACAGGAAAAAAGACAUAGUAAAACUUCAACAUGGAGAAUAUGUAUCUCUUGGCAAGGUUGAAUCAGCUCUACAGACAAGCAAUUAUGUGGACAACAUCAUGGUCUAUGCUGAUCCAUUUCAUAGUUACUGUGUUGCACUGGUCGUGCCACCACACCAGGCCUUGGAGAAGUGGGCUCAAAAUUCAGGGAUAAGCUACAAAGACAUUGAGGAGCUGUGUCACAACGAUCAAGCAAUUAAGGAGGUCCAGCAAUCUCUAUCAAAGGCCGCGAAAGCAGCGAGGCUCGAGAAGUUUGAAAUACCAGCUAAGAUCAUUUUGCUGCCUGAACCUUGGACCCCAGAGUCUGGGCUUGUGACCGCUGCGCUUAAGCUGAAGAGGGAGCAGCUGAAGGCCAAAUUUAAAGAUGACCUGAACAAGCUCUACCAGUAG